GUUGCCUCCCUUGAUCAAUCAAUAUCAGAAGCAGGUCAUCACAACUUCACAUGUCAGUCAUUUUCAAGCCAAGUCCAUAGGAAUCCGCUUGUUGCUUACCUCCAUGUUGAUUUAAGCUGAUAAUGUUCAACACUGCCUACGUCCUAGUUUCACCACAAACACAUACACCUGUUAUUUCAUCGUCAAUACCCUGAUGGAGCUCGAGGCUCCUAAAUCAUCGUCGGCGACCCGUGACUUCAAUCUACUGUCACCUUUAAAUAUAUGCACCGCCAUGUGCGAUUCAAAUCGAGGUAUUGGACUCGGCGAGGGAUUUCCAUGGCCCAGUUUAAAGGGAGAUUAUGAAUACUACACAGACCUUACACAGCGUAUUUCUGCCCCAAAUAAGAAGGUGGUGCAAAUCAAGGGACGAAGAACAUGGAUGUUGACAAGAGAGAAGGAGAAGGAUGCAGCGUCUGUCAUCAACGUCAUCAUCAGCUCCACUCUAAGGGAGGAUUCGCAUAGGAGUCUUCACAAGGUUGUGUCGUCAUUUGAUGAAGCGGUAGAUUAUGCCCUCUCCGGCCCCCGUCGGGAUGAGAUCGAGGCAGUCUGGGUGAUGGGAGGGACCAGAGUAUAUGAGAAUGCCAUUAACCACCCCUUGUGUAAGAGGCUAUACUUGACGAGAGUCUUUGGCAACUUUGACGCAGAUGUCUUUUUUCCCGAGUUUGAGACCAAGUUCCAGAAAAUCAGUGACCUGAAUGUCGAUGGUGAACCAAGGGAGGACAAUGGUGUCAGAUACCAGUUCGAAGUGUAUGAGCGUCUGUGAGAUAUCGUAUAGUACCACUUGCAGAUGUAGACCCAGGAUUGGAAGCAGCUUCCCUGAUGGUGGAUCCACGUACAAGAGCCAACAUGACUGAAUGCAAAGCCGUGCCGAUUCGCAGGUGUAUGUGUGAAUCUCCAGGAUUUAUGGCAAGAAUUACGCAUAUUACUGACAUUAUACAUACCUAUUGAAAUAGAGGUCGACUUGAUAACAUUGAUUUCACGUUACUGCCUGAGUGUGUACUGCUUGUUUUGAUACAACUGUUGUCAUUAAAUGUUUCUCAAUGGUGUUAUAUUAAUUGUAAACAGUUGAUUGUGGGGAUCUCCAAAUACCUGUAUAGGUUCAAUGUGUAAUUAUAUCCAAACUGUAUAUUUUACCUGAAUUAAAUACAUAUUAACACGAAGUUCCUUGGUCUUACUGUUUCACUGUAUGUCAUCCAAUGUUUCUCAAUGGUGUUAUAUUAAUUGUAAACAGUUGAUUGUGGGGAUCUCCAAAUACCUGUAUAGGUUCAAUGUGUAAUUAUAUCCAAACUGUAUAUUUUACCUGAAUUAAAUACAUAUUAACAUGAAGUUCCUAGGUCUUACUGUUUCACUGUCUGUCAUCCAAUGUUUCUCAAUGGUGUUAUAUUAAUUGUAAACAGUUGAUUGUGGGCAUCUCCAAAUACCUGUAUAGGUUCAAUGUGUAAUUAUAUCCAAACUGUAUAUUUUACCUGAAUUAAAUGCAUAUUAAGAUGAA